AUGCCACCAUCUACCGUUGAAGGGCACACCUUUAUUCCUGAGAAAAUUGAAACCGGGCAGAAAAAGCCACGAAAAAAACGGGGACAAAAGCAAGAAGAGGAUAUGCUUGCAACAAAAAACGCAGGGGGCGCCUGUACGUGGUGUUAUUUCAAGAAGAAAAGGUGCGGCUCAAAUAUUCCCUGCGAUUUGUGUGUCGAGAGCAAAACUACUUGCAUCCGUAAUGCCUCUUCGUUAUGUCUGCCAUCGACGACCUUGCGGAAUUCCCAGCUUCAAAUGAAGGUUGAGAAUUUCGAAGAACCGCGCAUAAUCCUAAAUCAAUUAAGAUCAGACAUAUCACUUCGAAAGCCUUCUGCACAUGAUCUUAUCUAUAUCGAUUGGGCAUCAGGGGACUGUACACGUCAAUUUGAAAACACGUGGUCCGGGUAUUUCGAUCAAUUUGACUUGGAUGAAAUUGAUGCCGAUGUCAAGGCCUCGUUGCUUAAAUUGGCUCGUUUAUGCGUACCGAUUUCACAACUUAACCAAGCUGCAUAUGCACAUCCUCUUUACAAAGAUGCUUGUUUAAUGUUCAGGUUGUUCGCUACAAUCGAGACCUUUACCCGAUCUAAAAUAUCUGUGCAGCCUAUGGCUGUGGAUAUCUCUCGAAUUGCUAUCUUCUUUAAUCUAACUAUCUACGCAAUGGAAAUAUGCGAAGUAUCGAUCCGCUUUGCCGCUCGCCUCAAUGAAGAAGUUCGAGCCAAGCGAUCCGGUGAUGAUGCUGUACGGUGCUCUAUCACCAUCUACAGUCGUGUCGUUGACAAAAUCGGGCGUUUUCAGCAACAGCAACAGCCGGACUCUUCAAUGUCGGGUUUAUUCAGACAGAUAGAAUCGCGAUUGAAAUCCAUACAAGAUGCCAUCCAAGAGAUUCUUCGACUACCAUCCAAUGGGCAGAGCGUCGUAAUUCCUGACGUAAUUGAGAUACUGCCGUUCAAUAUUGCCAUCGGGCUUGAGCCCAAAUGUCAGAGAUGUCAGAGUCGCACCCCCACAGAACUAUUCAGGCAAGAUACACCUCAUUUUCAGUGGGAACAUGGCGUGGAUGAGCUACUUAGCCGAAAUCACAACAAAAUGAUCCCUGCGGGAUCAUGUUCACCCGAGAGAACCAUUGAUCCUCGAGUAUUGCUCUCUCAAACGACACCGUGGGGAUACACUGCCAAUGUACAACCUCCGUCUAGCUCGCCAAGUACAACGAAUGACAAUAGAUUCAACGAUAUCUUUAGCGACCCUCAGGAAGGCUCUGGCUUUACUUAUACCACGUACAAUCAACCCGAUGAUCAGCCAUUGCCUGAUCCGAUAGAACAGAGCAAUAGUGGGGAUAUUAAUGAUGGCACUGAUGCUGCUUACGAUAUAUUUGCUUUCGGCAAUCAUCUAUUGCAUGGAACAACUGACGAUGACUAUGAUAAUGACUGUGAUGAAUAUUAA